UCUGCAGCGCGCACACUCUCAGCAUCUUUUCUUGAUCACCCCCCCUCCCUUGCUGAGCCGCAAAAAAGGGUGGGGCCGCCUCUCUGCAGCAGAGACGGCGGCGGCGGCGGCGGCGGCGGCGGCGGUUGCAGCAUCACCAGGGGUACCGAUACGGCAGAGGCAGCUGCACUCUCUGCUCUGUCUGGGUUGGAGGUGACCGCUGCCGAACCCUACUAGGCGGCCGACUUGAACCAGACAGAAAGGAGACAAGAACCUAUUUGCCCAGCCCUCUCUAUGCGCCAUGGCUUAAUCCCACAGCCUCCUUGCCAAGCAUCUCCUCGCUCGGCCUGGGUCUGCGUGACACCGUAGCCGCAGGAAGGGCGCGCCCAGACGCCCUAGGCCUGGACUCUGGGACGCCGAACCUCGCUCUCAUCCGUCACGGGCCACAGCAGGUCCUCUGCCGAAGGCGUUUGCAGACGGUAAUCGAGGGACUUUGUGGACUUUAUUUCAGCUGUAUCUCGUCCUCAGGUGCUCUUUGAGGGAGGAGGACAAGGAAAACGGCUGCUAGGGGGAGGAAGCGGUGGGAAUCACAUUGUCGGGUCUGGAUUGGGGUCAAAGGGAGACUGGGGGUUUCAUUUAGGACCACCAAAAGAGAGAGAGGACCGCUUUUGCACCUAGCAUCAUGGCGUGGCCGUGCAUCACAAGGGCCUGCUGCAUCGCCCGCUUCUGGAACCAGCUGGACAAGGCGGACAUUGCGGUGCCGCUGGUUUUCACCAAGUACUCGGAGGCCACGGAGCAUCCAGGGGCCCCGCCGCAGCCGCCAGCGCCGCUGCAGUCAGCGAUAGCGCCCCCCUCGCGCGCUGUCGCCAUAGAGACGCAGCCGGCCCAGGGCGAGUCGGAUGUAGUUGCCCGGGCAACAGGGCCGGCGCCCGGGCCCAGCGGCGACCGCGAGAGUGCAACCGCCCCCGGCCGGAGCGGCCCGGGCCUGGGCGCGGCCUCGGGCUCCACUUCCGGCUCAGUCACCGCGGACUCGGUGAUGCGACAGGACUACCGCGCCUGGAAAGUGCAGCGGCCAGAGCCCAGCUGCCGGCCGCGCAGCGAGUACCAGCCUUCCGACGCGCCCUUCGAGCGCGAGACCCAGUACCAGAAGGACUUCCGCGCGUGGCCACUCCCCCGCCGCGGGGACCACCCCUGGAUCCCCAAGCCGGUGCAGAUCCCUUCGACUUCUCAACCUUCCCAGUCUAUUCUUGGGGUGCCCAAGCGUCGUCCGCAGAGCCAAGAGCGCGGGACCAUGCAGACCUCUACCGAAGCCCGGGACCCGGAAGGCGGUGGAGGAGCCGGGGUGCCGGCGGCGGGAAAGGCUUCGGGUGCAGACCAGCGCGACACACGCAGGAAGGCGGGACCGGCCUGGAUGGUGACUCGCACCGAAGGGCACGAGGAGAAGCCGCUGCCCCCGGCCCAGUCCCUGACCCAGGAGGGCGGCCCUGCAGCUGGAAAGGCCUCNNNNUCAGACCAGCGUGACACACGCAGGAAGGCCGGGCCCGCGUGGAUGGUGACUCGCACAGAAGGGCACGAAGAGAAGCCUCUGCCCCCAGCCCAGUCCCUGACCCAGGAGGGAGGCCCUGCAGCUGGAAAGGCAUCUGGUGCAGAUGAGCGUGACACACGCAGGAAGGCAGGACCGGCCUGGAUGGUGCGUCGCUCUGAGGGGCACGAGCAGACACCCGCUGCCCAAGCCGCAGGGCUCGAAGGCGGCAGAGGGCGCGCCGUGGCAGAUGCCCUCAAUAGGCAAAUCCGGGAGGAGGUGACGAGUACAGUGAGCAGUUCCUACAGGAACGAAUUCAGAGCAUGGACAGAUAUCAAGCCUGUGAAACCGAUCAAAGCCAAGCCCCAGUACAAGCCCCCGGAUGACAAGAUGGUUCAUGAGACCAGCUACAGCGCCCAGUUCAAAGGAGAGGCUAAUAAGCCCACUGCAGCUGACAACAAGGCCAUGGAGCGCAGAAGAAUACGAAGCCUCUACAGCGAGCCCUUCAAGGAAUCCCCCAAGGUAGAGAAACCUAGUAUUCAGAGUUCCAAACCAAAAAAGACCUCAACGAGCCAUAAGCCCCCGAGGAAGGCCAAAGACAAGCAGGUGGUAUCGGGCCAGGCUGCCAAGAAAAAGACCACAGAGGGCCCCGGUGCCACCAAACCCGACGACAAGGAGCCAAGUAAAGAGAUGAACAAUAAACUGGCUGAGGCGAAAGAGAGCCGGGUCCAACCCGCCAAGGAUGCACAUAAGAAUCAAGGUCCUGUAGCCAAAGAACCACACAAGGAUCAAGGGCCUGUGGUCCCAGGGCUUCCAAAAGGCCAAGGGCCUGUGGUCCCAGAGCCUCUGAAGGACCAAGGCCCCAUGGUGCCAGAACUGCCAAAGGACCGAGUUCCUGUGGUCCCGGGCUCGUUAAAGGACCAAAGCCCAACACCCCUGGGCCCACCAAAGGAUCAAGGUGCUGUAUUCCCAGGGCUCGUGAAAAAUGUAGGUCCAGGGGCCCCAGCACCAGCCAAGGAUCAAGACCACGUGGCUUCUGAGCCUUUAAAGAAUAAAGAUUUGGUCAUCUUAGCACCAGCCGAAGCCAAAAGCCCUUUGCUGCCGGAGCCUCUGAAGAAUCAGAGUCCCGUGGUUCCAGCAAGAGCUAAGGAUCAAAUUUCCCCAGCACCAGCACCUUUAAAGGACCCCGGUCCUGUGACCCCCGAACCUGGGAAAGACCGAGCUCCUUUGAAGGACCUAGGUCCUGUGGCCCCUGAGGCUUGGAAAGACCAAGCUCCCGUGGUCCCAGAGCGUAGAAAGGAGCAGAAUGUCACAGUCACGGCACCUUUGAAGAGUGAAGCCCCUGUGGUCUCUGAGUCCAUGAAGAAUCAAGGCUUAACAGACCCAGUCAAAGGUAUAGAUACAGUGGUCCCCAGGCUUAUGAAGGGAAAUGAUUCUGUGUUUGUAGCACCUAUAAAGAACCAAGGUUUAGUGACCCCUGAGCCAGUGAAGAGCCAAGACCCCAUUAUCCCAGCACUAGCCAAGGACCAAGGUCCCAUGGUCCCAGAGCCUCCAAAGAAUCAGAGCCCUGUGGUCCUUGGGCCUGUAAAGAAUCAAGACCCUAUAAUCCCAGUACCUCUGAAGGGUCAGGAUCCCCUGGUGCCGGCCUCAUCAAAGGACCAAGGUCCUAUGGCCCCUGACCCUCUGAAAACUCAAGGUCCCAGAGGCCCUCAACUGUCCACAGUCUCAUCUUCACCCCCAGUCAUGAUCCCAACAGUUCCCCAUGCAGAAUAUAUGGAGGGAUCCCCUUGACUCCCCUGAAAUGCCAUGAAGGAGCUGGAAGUGGAGGUGCUCCCCUCCUGGGGAGGCAAAGACAUAUAUUUAUUCUGCAUGAAACCGUGCUGUAGUCUUGCUGGAAUCUAAUAAAACCGGUCCCUCUGCCUCA